CUUCUUGCCAGGAUGAAGGGGCUUCUCCUGAGACAGAGGCUGGCCCCAGGCUGCUGCCGCCAGUGAAGCAUCCAUCUGCCUGCACAUUCAUCCAUGGAGUACCAGAGCCAAGGUCCUUGACAGUGCUGGGUUGGGCAGAGCCUCCCAUUUUCUGCUCCUUCCUUUCACCAUGGGGCAGAGGCACCUGCUGUGUCUGCUGCUGCCUCUUGCCCUAUAUGCUCUGUUGACCACACAUGCAGCUGGGCCCCCACGGACACCCAAGGGCAACCGGACACAGGGGGCAACAGUGCCCCGGCGAUCCUCCAAGCAGGUCAAGGAGCAACUGAACCAUACGCUGGCCAGUACACCUCCCUCUGCCGUGCCAGCUGGUAGCGGGGGCAGCCGUGCACGCGGUGGAGUUGGAGAUAGAGGGCCACCAAGAGCGGCCUCCAGUGGCAGUGCAGGAAGCUCAAGCCCAGCGUAUGAUACAUGCAUGGGCUACUAUGAUGUAAGUGGACAGUGGGAUAAAGAAUUUGAGUGUAACAACAGCCAGAAGGAUUUUCGCUACUGUUGUGGUACCUGCAAUUACCGCUUCUGCUGCAACAAGCGUUCUGAGAAGCUCAACCAGUACAUGUGCCGUAAUAAUGGCCGUGGACCCACCACAGAUUCAAUGACUACUGCCACUAGUAAUGGUGGACCUGGAGAAAUAUCCAAUGUCUAUGACCCAAAUGAGGAUACCACUAAUGCCACCGUCUACAUUUCAUGUGGAGCCAUUGCCUUUGUUGUCAUUGCAGGCAUAUUUGCCAAGGUAGCCUAUGACAAGGCACGACAGCCACCACAGGAGAUGAACAUCCACAGGGCUCUGGCUGAUAUCCUCCGGCAGCAGGGACCAAUCCCCAUAGCACACUGUGACAGAGAGACUAUCUCAGCUAUAGAGUCCUCCUCCAAAGACAACACACCAGUCAGAACAUCCUCCAAAAACCACUACACACCAGUGCGCACCUCCAAGAGCAACCUAGGUCACUAUGGAAAAGAUUUUUAUCGAAGUGGAGGCCCAGAUUUCCAUAAUUUCAUCUCCUCUGGAUUUGUCACAUUAGGAAGAGGACACAGCAAGGAAAAGCCACGGAUGAACAGUAUUCUAACCUCUGCAACUGAGCCCUACGAUCUCUCCUUCUCCAGGUCCUUCCAGAACCUCUCUCACCUCCCACCAUCCUAUGAGUCUGCAAUUAAGACUAACCCAAGUAAAUAUUCUUCUCUGAAGAGAUUAACUGACAAGGAUGCUGAAGAAUACUACUCAAGAAAGAGGCACCUUCCUGACUUAGCAGCAAGAGGGACUCUCCCUCUCAAUGUCAUCCAGCUAUCCCAGAAACAGACCAACCAAAGGGAGCGGCCACGCCGUGUGAUACGGGCCAUGUCCCAGGACCGAGUGCUGUCCCCAGAAAGGGUUAUGCCUGAAGAAUUCAGUAUGUCUUAUGAGCGGAUCCUCUCCAACGAACAGUUAUUGUCCACUGAACGCUUGCACUCCCAAGACCCUCUGCUGUCUCCAGAGCACUCAGGUAUUGAAGAGCAGUCUAUGUCACGGGCUUUGUCACACUCAGACAUCUUUGUUUCUACACCUGUCUUGGAUCGUUACCGGAUGACUAAGAUGCACUCUCAUCCCAGUGCCUCAAAUAACUUAUACAACACCUUGAGUAUGAACAAAACAUCUGAAAAGCGCCAGGCAUUCGCCUCCAGGCGGCACAACACAGUGGAGCAGCUACACUAUAUCCCAGGACACCAUCAUUACCACACAGGUAGCAAGACAGAGGUGACUGUUUGAUCUGACACUGUGCAUAGAUGUGACACUGUGCACAACUGGGGUAGCAUCAGUGCCGUACACAGCAGUGGCCUUAUGGCCAAGGUAACCUCUAAUCCCAGGUCUGACAAGACUCUUCUGACAGUCCUGUCUGUGUUGUUUUACUCAUCUACAUGUUAUUGACAUGAAGUGGGGGGGGGGGGGCUGAACAGAGAGAGAUGCAGGUGAGAGUUCCUGACACACUCCGUUUCUGUCAAUGAAAGCCACACAUGACGAUGGUUCCUUUCGAGGACUUGCCUGCACCUCCUCUCUAGUUUUGAAAAAGAUAGGAUUUUCAAGUCUUUCAUUAAAAACAGAGAAGAGUCACGUACAAUUGGUGUAAUAAGGCAAAUUUUGCAAGCUCCAGAGCUGGAACAUUGGGAUCCUGUUGUGAUCCCUGUUAUUUCCCAGGUGUUGAGUUUUACAAAAGACUUCUUGGUUGGUGACAAUCCCAGCUGCAAUCCUUCCUGUACUUUAGCAGGUGGUAAUCCAUUUUCAUGGAUCCUUGGUUCUUCCUGGUCCCAGGGAAAAAUUCCAGUGGCCAACACUAUUACCACUGAGUAGCAAUGGAUGUUAUGGAUGGGAAGCCACACUAUUUUACAUUUAACUGUAAAAAAAGAAGUACUCCAGUGCGUAUAAAUGGUCAGCCCUCUAGAUGGAUGGCGUGAGAUGGAUUUGUUUAUAAGCACAAUUCUGCCAAUAUGUUCACCAGCCCCUAUCCCUUCUUCCUAACGUCCUCAUCUGUAAAUCCCCAAAAUGUAAAAUAAAAAGGGGAAUGGAACAGAACUACUUGUCAGUAGUAAGAGGCACCCAAAUGUCACCUGUUUCCACACAACUGAAUUCCAAUCCAUUUAAAAAAAAAUCUUCAGCAUGCUGUUCACCAAGAGAAGGACAAAUAGGAUAUAAGAGAAACAGAACAGUUGUAACCUGAUGAUCAGUUUGUGAAAAGCUGGUCACAGUUCACUUUGUGUUUGAUUCAUUGUCAGCUUGUACCUUUCACUCUCCCCGGGAAGUUUUGCAAUGGACUUGCCACUUUAUAGGAUCCUCUUAGUAAAAUUUAUC